AUGGAUCUACUUCUAUCGAAAAUUACCCAACAGGCUAUGAACUAUGCCAUACGGUCUGGUAUCACUAUAACAGCUACGUAUGCUAUACGGCAGUCUUCAAAGCUCCUCAAGAUUAUAUCUCCCGCUAUUGAUAUGAUUGAACUCAUCGCAGCAAGAGGCAAUACAUCUCUCGAAUCUGCUGUUAACCUCACAAAGACAUUAAGAUUAGAUAUCCAGAGUCUAGGGCAGAAAUUAGCCCAAGUAGUCGGGAAUGAAGAAAUGCACGGAAGAGAUGCUUCAACCAAGCGUCGUGCCCAGCUUGAUGCCGAGAAGAAAAUCGUAAUAAAAGAGAUACGAUCGCUUUUAGAUCGAAUCGAAGAUGCAGUGCCACUCAUCAAUCUGGCGAUAACCACAUCAGGAGCAAAGCUCUCUACAAGUUUGCCUUCCACAGUUUCACCGUCGAGGCUGCUACAGGCUAGUCCUACCUUCACGCUGUCUGUAUACCUUCUCUUUGCAGGCCAUGUUCGACCCACGGAUGAAGAGGGAAUUCGAGAGACCACCUGGAAAGAAGUUAUACAUAAGGCAAGAGUGAAAAUAUGCCGUGUGCCUAUGGAUGUUGUUCUUGCAGAUCAAUUUGGAGAACGACGUAACCUCAGGGGCGAGGCUAGGGCGGACGAAUUUGCUUACCAGAUCCUUAUUGUCGAAGAUCUUGAUGAUGGAAGGGUUCAUUCGUUCGAGGAUGAUGAACUGAAACCAGGGUCUUUUGAGGGUGUUGCACAGGCCGGCAUCAGAGACGUGAUACCAAUUCAUCAGAUUUCCAAGAUCUUUUAUGCAGAUACAGGAAAGAUCCUAAAUAUUGGAACGGACGGUGAAGCUAAUAACCCUGUUCUUCUCCUAAAGAGAGAUGUAAAUGCAAUUCCUCCACGAGGGAUGAUUGAACGGGAAGAACUUGCUGGAUACUUUGACCCUGAUGAGAGUUACGAGCCUGAAGCACCAGAACCCUAUGAUUCGGAACAAGCGCAGAUCGAUGCACAGCUGAUGGGAACCCAAACUUUGCCUGAACCACUAGACCCUGUGCAGUACCGGAACGAUAUUCCAGAACACUGGCGAUUUCCCCGGGGACUUGAUCUGGAGUGGAUAGCCCUAGAAGUCUAUCAAGAAGAUGAUGAAUCCGACGAUGAUGAGCCGGAGACAGCUUCUGCCACAGCAGCUGAGGAAGAUAAGCUUGCAGAAAACAUGGAAAAACUGAGAAUCCCCAAGAACCACGAGUCGUCCGCUGCUCAGCCGCCAGGAAGCCAAGUUCUUAUAUCGCCUUCUCCAGUCCAACCUACUUCUUCGUCAACAGUCUCCAAUCCACUAUUUAACAAUAUCCGAACUUCUUUGUCUCUCCUGGAAACGUUAUUACGGCUUACGUCUCUACAACAAUUCCAACAACAAUCCCACCUCUCAAUUACAGAUGAGCUACUCACUUUCUUCCUUGAAGAAUCAUCUGCCACAGGUGCGGGUGGUGACGAACAACAUCGGCAACGGGUCCGCUCUGAAGCCCGCAGAAAGGUUGGAUGGGACCCCUAUGAUGAAAGCCCCUUGAAACCACGCGGGGAAGACUACCAAUACCACAAUGAACAUGGCUCUGUGGCAAGCAGUCCAUCUAGACGCCGGAUGCCGUCAGUUGACCCAGAUGAAGAUUUCGUUGAUGUAACCCCACAGACUAGGAGCAAACCAUAUCCCGCUGUUGGUGGAUUUUACGAAUCACCACGGGAUAGGCGACGGAGGGAAUCAUCAUAUCCAUUGUCCCCAUCCAUUCCUCGUGGUGAUGGGAGAUAUGCGGAGGCUAUCCCCUCAACUCCCUCGUCACCAUCUCCCAGAGUGAGCCAUGCUGAAAGCAGUAAAAAAUCUGGGAGCCUCAGACGGCAGAUACCUUCAAAUAGGUCUCACAGGACUGAUGAUCCUGCGUCAAAAGUUCGAACGGCAACCGAAGAUAGCUGA